CUCCCCGCCUCCUCGCCAGAGCGCAGCCCUCGGGGAAGGGCACCGUUUCUGCUCUCCCCGAGCAUCCGCUCCCGAGAAGCGCUGUUCUCGAUGGGUGCUGCGGGGGGCACCGCCGGGACGUCGCCCCGCGCCGCCCCCGAGCGCCGCCAUCCCCGCGUCCCGCACCGCUGCCACCCGGCCCCGCGCUGUCACUGCGUCGCCUCGCCCCGAGGCCGCGGCUCCGGGCUGCAGGGCCGGGCCGUUUCCCCGCUCGCGGCGUUGUGCACAACGUGGGCCUUUCUCGCUGCGAUUUUUAACGUGUCUUUGCAGAUGUCUCCCACCCCCUUCGUGGCGUUUUUUCUCCCCGUUCCUUAAAAACGCGCCGCUGCCGCGGGGACGGCACGAUACUCGCGGUUGUCCGGCAGCUGUGGCUUCCAGGAACCGACGUGCAGCAAACUUUUUUUUUUUUUUCAUUUCACGCGAGGAUGGAUUUUUCUCUUUUUUUUUUCCCUCUCUCUUUUUUUUCCUUUUCCCUCCCAAUUCAUCACGCCGAGUAUCUAUAAUUACUCGCGGUGCUGCCGUGUCUUUAAAGCAGCUUAAGCAAAUGCGUUGGGCAAAGCCUGGCUCAGCACCGCAGCGCUCCGGGGCUCCGCGCAGCCCGGGGGAUCCCAAACCAGGCGGGGUCGGGGCUGGACCCAGCGCCCUGUGCACACUGAGCCGGGCUGGGGCUGCUCCCCGCUGGCUGCUGGUGCCACGCUGCUGCUGCUCGGUCCUGCUGCAAUUUUUUGCUUUUCUCAUCUAUUUUUUCCCGUUGAUGCCCCAUGUAGGUCCUGGGAGAGGACCAUCACCAUUGGUGGGUUUUUUCUUUUUUUUCUUUUUUUUUUUUUUAAUUCUUUUGGCAUGCAGUUCUCUUGACAGGGUUUUUUUUGAACUGCUGCUCAGGGCUGAAUCCCCUCUGGGGCAUCAGGGGCAGCUCCGGCUCCAGACCUCCACACCUCAAAUGGACGCCCGACAAUCGCAGCUAAAAGCAAAUAUAAUUUCUCGCCCGUGUUACUAAUGGCAACGAAGAUUGCCAAAGUGAACAAACUCUCAGGAGCGAGCGAGGCUGUCCCCGUGGAUGCACAUCGCUUCCUCCCGGCCCGUCCGUGCCCCACCGAGGGGCAGCUCCGCCGCUUUGGCUCACAUUGAUGGCAGCAGCUCGCGGUGAAUGCGAUGCAGGCAGCGAGUCCCUGCCCGGGUUCCCCCGCAUCCGGGACCGUUUUACAUUUUUGAGUCAUCGGGGUGGGAAAAAGUGGCAUUCUGGGUUUUGCUCCUCUCCUGGAUCGUGUUCCAAAGGUGUCUCCCUGGGUGUGUUUCCAGGGUCAAAGUGCAUCCUGCCGGCCGCCCACAGUGCCCCCUGGCCAGCUGCGCCGCGCAGCGCUCCCGGUACCAGCGGCCACAUCCUCCUGCUCUCGCGCUGCAGAGGGAUGUGCCGGACUCGUGCAGCGCGCUCAGAUGGGAAAGGCUCCUUCCCUUUUCCCUUUUCCCUCUUCCCUUCCCUCCCUCCGUGCUGCUGUCCCAGUUACGCAGCGUUUCGCCGUGCUCGGCCCCCAUCUGGCCGCAUCCCUUUGUCUGCGUCGCACCAAGUUCUCACCGCCGCAACCCAAAGCUCAGCGCGUGGCUCGGCGGGGCUGCUGCUCACCCGGGGGGAGCUCUGUGCGAUCCGCGGCCCCGCUGCUGUCAGCGCUGCACAUCGCAGCUCACCAGGGCUUUGCUUGAUGGUGCUGCGCAGCUCUCGUACCUGCCCAGAGCUUGGGUCGGGGGGAGCCCCACGGGGGGGGUUUUGGGGGCUGCCAGAGUGUGUUGGUGCCCGUUGGCUCCUGCCUGGCCGAGGCAGGGUGGUGGUGGUGGUGAUCGGUGGGCGCGUAGCUCGUGCUGCAGUGUUAAGGUUGCGGGGUGGGGGAAGGUGGGCAUCUCGAAAUCUGAGCCAUUGUAGGAUGGGGCGGUGAAAAACAUAACAAGCUUGUUGGGGGGGUGAAGCUAUCUCGGGCCUAAUGCUGAAUGCGUUCACAGUGUUAAGAAGUGGCUGGCGCGAGGAGCGGGGAAACGCAGCCGCCCCGUUCCCUCCUGCAUGGGUGCACCCGGGGCACUGCAGUGGGUGAAUGCUCAGAGCUGGCGGUGCUGAAUGUGCUUUGUGGCUGUCACAAACCCCUGCCGUGCUAAUGCUGGGGUGGGAAGUGCCGUGCUGGGGGCAAAAGCUGCGUUAGGAAACCUCACCCCAAGCAGCUCGAUUUAGGAUCCCUGAGGAUGAGGAGCGGGGUUGCUGGCAGCAGCCAACGUGGAGGGCUCGGCUCAGCUGCAGGGAGCUGGUGGGUGAAGCUGGGAGCAGCCCGUCCACCAUCCCCAGCUCGGCCUGUGCUGCAGCUGCAGUUGUCCUGGCACUGCAGGAGGAUUUCUCUAUAGAUGAUUGCUAGAAAAGAUCUGUUCCCAAAGAACUUUAUCUCAGGGAAGUUGUUUCCAGGCUGUGUUUCAGAGGAGAGAGUUGUGCCUUGGCUCAAUCCACGGGGACCGCCAGGCGCAGCGAGCUAGCUGCGAAGUUGAGCAAAGCAUGCUUCUCCUGCAGCAGAGACAUCUUCUGCUGUGCUGAUUUGGAGGCUGGUGUGCAUGGCAGCGUCCUGUCCAGCUGCAGGGCAGUGAGGGGGUUUGGUGCAGGGAAUAAGGAAGCCCUUUGCUCUUGGUGAGUGUAAUCCAUCCGUGUUAGUUUCAUCGAGCAUCUCUCGCAGGGCUUGCUGUUGGAGGCGAAUGUGUUUGGCCCAUUUCUCACUGGCAAUUCUAGAGCGUGUUUUGUUUUGAGAUGUGAAGGAAUUCUGGUAUCACGCAACAAGCUUCUCUCCAAGCAGAAUGGGAUGUUGAUGGUCUUAUUUCAUUCUAAACUCGUUUUUUUUGGAGUUAAUUAGAAUUGGCCGGGCACCUAUUUAGCUACAUCAAAAUAAGGCUGUGGUUUCAUAUACACUCCUCUUGGCAGAGGUGCUGGAUUAAACGGAUUCUGUGCCAGGCUGCGCCCUCUCUCCCUCCUGGUGAACCUGAUCUGGAAGCUGCUGUGGGCUAAAACCCUUCCAGGCGGGGAAGGAACCCACAGUGCUGGUUUUAAACACAGAUGGGAUCCCGGGUUGGGCUCACCCUGCAGUGCCAGUGGAAGGAGUGAGGGGACAGAAGAGCUUCAGUAGUUUCCUCUGCUCCGAGGGUACAUGAAAGCAUGCCCUAGUUGUGUUCUCCAAGGGUUCCGCUAGUUUAAUUACAUCCGUUUAAAGUCGUUUCGAGCCGAACUGGUGCAGAUAGGAGGUUGUCUUGUGUUGACUCCACUCAACGUCUCCUUGGGUGCUUGGCCCUGCUCUGCCCGCCCUGGUUCGGUGCUGCACGUUGUGGCUGCUCUUACCCACGUUUCUCAGACAUCCUCCCCAGUCUGCGCUCUGAAGGAUGCUCCUCUUUCGCUGCUUGCUCCCGUCUGUGUUGGAGAACGCGUCUGUCGUUCUCCCCAUGUUGUAUUCCUUUUCCUCGAGUUGAAAACGUGAUUUUUUUUCUCUCUUCUGUUCCUUCUCGCUCCCUGUGGAAUGCCUGUCUUUGGCACGUGUCCCGCGUCGUCCAUAGAGGGUAGAGGCCAAGAAUUCAUGAUGCAGGGGCUGUGCUUGUUCUCCUGGCUCUUCUCUGGUGGCCGUCCUCCUCUGUGGGCCAGCUCUUACUCGAGCACUCCAAACGUGCCAUCCCUCCCUGCUCCCCGCUCCGCCUCGUCCCUGCUUUUCCCUUCCCAGACCUAUUCUCAGUCCACGCUCUGUGCUUGUUUUGACGCUUCAGCUCUUCUCCGAGCUCCUGUCCCGUGCUAUGCAGCUGCUUUCCCGCUCACACGCUGGGUCCCUUUUCAUCUCUCCCAAAACAUCAGUCCUGCUGCUGUUCUCAGGGGCAGAACCGUCCUCCUGCCCUUCUUUCAGUUUAGCCUAAGAUGGUGAAAUCCCCACAGAUUGUUUGUUCCCCUAUUUCCUUUAUGUUGCAUUUCACUCCAAGCAUCGCAAGACUCCUCCCCUUCCUGCUCCAAGCCACCUCUCAUUCUCUUUGGGUAUGACCCUGCUCUCUGCCUUAGAACCGGCCCGGCUCCCCUUGCACCGCGCAGCCCUUCUCCCCCUGCACCGUGUGCCCUUGACUAGACGUUCCCCUCUUCUCCUGACUCCCGGUUUCCCUGGCUUUGCUCAGUUCUGCGCUCGUGUGUGCGGACGUGUCCGUCGCCUCUUUUUUUGCAAGCCAGCUGCCCUGUCCCUGUUUCUCCUGUGGCCCCGCCGUUCUGGUUCUGGAUGUUCCCCGCCGGCACACGGGCUGAGGAGGGGACACCCGGCGGCGGCUGCGCUCAGAGGGCGCGUUCAGCCCGGCCUGUGGGUCCCUGCGCCCAUCUCAGCAUCACAGCAUCCUGCACGCUGCUUCUGGUCCCAGGCAGAGCUCGUGUCCCCAGGAGUUUGUCAGGGCAGAGGCAGCCGAGGGAGGCUGGGGGUCACGUGCCGCUUUUAGCCUCUCCCCACUCUCACCGCCGCACCGAGGACGCCCGCCGCCUCCGCCAGCUUUCCCUUCGUGCGUUCGGUGUUUCUUUGUAUCGAGAACCUCUUGGACAGCGUCUCUGCCCUUCGCGGUCCGUCCUCCCUCCUCGCUUCAGCCUCGUCCGCCGGCAGAGUGGCCCCUCGAGCCCCAGCAGGUCCCGGCUGGUGACGAGCAGCUGUCAUGAUCUCUACGGCACCUCUCUAUAGCGGGGUGCACAACUGGACCAGCACAGAGAGGAUUCGCAUGUGUGGCCUCAACGAGGAGAGGAGAGCACCACUUUCUGAUGAGGAGUCUAAAACCAGCAGUGCCCAGCAUUUGGGAUCACAAGAGUUUUGCGUCAGCAGCAGCCUUUCCAAGGUGGAGCUCACAGCAGUCAGCGGUGGUGGCGGCGGUGCCCAGGAUGCAAGUGGCAAGGUGGAGGAAAAGAUUGGACCCAAAUUGGAAGAGCAGCCACCUGAUCCUAACCCAAACCCAGAGUGUGUGGGAAAGACUGUGAAAGACGAUGUCCAGAGCCCUCUGGCAAGCCAGGGGGAUGGCCGAGGGCAGGAGCCUGCAGUCCCCCGAGCUGCUGAGCAGGAGAGCAGCAGUGUUGAUGCUGCCGGGAUGCCUGCAGAUCCUCCCAGCGAUAAGCAGGCUGAUGUUCCUCCCACCUGCUCCGCAGCUCCAGAGAAUGAGCCCGCUGGGAAGGAGAAAACGGCCCCGAGCACCGGAGCACAAGGGCCAGCAGUGCUGGCAGAAGGGACGUUAUCUGUGGUCGCCUCCAGCUGCAGCACCUCAGCCUCCACCCCUGCAACUUUUACUUUGAGUCGAGUGUGCUUUCCCACAUCUCAGGCCCCUGCUAUGCACAAAGUGCCCCUGUCCUUUCAGCCUGGGACAGUCCUGAGCCCGAGCCAGUCGGUAGUGUACAUCCCGCCGCCCAGCUGUGGGCAGCCGCUCACCGUGGCCACACUUCCAAGCACCUUGGGGGUCUCCUCCACGCUCACCCUUCCCGUCCUGCCUUCCUACCUACCCGAGCGUUGCGUACCAGGCAUUAUUGCUUCUCCAGAGCUGCGUUCCUACCCCUGCACCUUCUCUGUCACCAGACCUUUGGCUUCAGAUGCCAAAGUGGUGUCGGUGGAGGUGAAUCAGCUUAGCUGCUCUUCGCCUUCAGGUGGAAGCAGUGCCCAGACCGCUGCUGAUGGCGCUCCCCCGUCCACAGCUGGCCCUGUCCUCUCGUCCAGCCAGCCUCUGCCGGCAGCACCGUGUGGAAGCACUGCUCCCUCUUCUGGCACGGGCACACAAGCCAGAGCGCCGGCAGCGCCUGAGCCGCACGCACCAGGGGCCGCGACUUCGCUUUCACCUCUGAAGUCCCCUCCGCAGCUGGAGCGUGAGAUGGUUUCCUCUCCAGAGUGCAGCGAGAUGCCUCUCGAUCUCUCCUCCAAGUCCAAUCGCCAGAAGCUGCCUCCACCCAGUCAACGCAAAACCCCUCCGAUGCCCAUCCUCACGCCUGUGCACACCAGUGGCAAAGCACUUCUCACCACGGUCCUGUCCAAGUCCCAGCGUGCGGCCCAGAGCGCGGGCAGCAGCGUCACCUCGUGUCUCAGCACCACCGCACCCUUCGUCAUCUUCCCCGAGUUCCUGCGGAACAGAGAGCAGGGCUCCUGGGUGAAGAACACCACUCUCAUCAGCACCAUUCCAGGCACCUACGUCGGCGUUGCCAACCCCGUGCCCGCCUCGCUGCUGCUCAGCAAGGACCCCUGCGUGAGCUUCAGCAGGGACCCCCACCACCUUCCCAAGCAGGAGCCGAUUUCCAUCAUCGAUCAGGGAGAGCCCCGAAGCGCUGGGGUUCCCUGCGGGAAGAAAGCCAACCAGGUGGGCACAGAGAGACAGCAGGAUCCUGCCAAGAGACUGCUUCAUGGCAGAGUUGCUCCGGGAGCUCCUUUGUGUCAAUCCAAGGACAUCUCCACCUGGAAUCCCGUCCAGGGGAGCGUGUACCCACGAUGCCCUGUGAACGGCAAACCUUCCAAUCCUCAGCUUUUGCCUCUCGGCUGGUCUCCUUAUCAUCAGACCCCUCUGCUUUCGAUUGGCAUCUCCACCACGGGGCAGCUGCCCCCAAGCCCCAACAGCUCCUGCAAGCCCGCUGGCACAGGUGAGCUCCCCACGUUUCUGAGCGUGCAGCCCACGGAGCCCAGCGCGGCGGCCCAGAGCCUGCCCGAGGGGCUGCCCAGGCUCCCACCUGCAGAGUGCGAAGCUGCGUCCAAGAGCAGCAAGAGCUGCCGGACCCUGCCCAAACCCGGCGAGGAGCAGGACGGUGCCGUCCCCUUGAACGCAGGUCCGUCUCCUCAGACCAGCACUUUGGAUGCAAAAGGAGGAAAGGGGAAGCUGGACGACCCUCCCAAGAGUCAAGAGCAUGAGGAACCGGAGGCUGACUCCAGUAAGGAGGGCGGUGUACAGACUGAGGCUCCCCAGGGGAGCUGCAGCCUCAAGCAGUCGGAUGCAAAGCCUAAAAACCAAGUGUUAGCGGCGUACCUGUCGCACGACCUGCCCGUGGUCGGGCAGCAGGCCCUGCGGAUGGUUCCGGAGGUGCCCGCGGCACCCGUGGAGAAUCAGCGCAAGGAGCCGGGUUGUGAAGGCUCCCAGCAGCCACCAGCUGCAGAGCCCCUCCAGUGCACGCAUCAGGUGGAUCUAUGCAGGGUGAAGAAGGAGCGCGUGGAGAGCGACGUGUCGUUUCCUUCGGUGACUUGCCUGCGAGCUGGGGCUGCUCCCCAGGCCUUGGCGGAGGCCAAGCUCACAGCAGCAGGCCAGGUCAAGCAAGAGAGCGGCACGCGCUGCAAGUCCAAGCGGCAGCACGACGGCGAUGCCAGGCAGGUGCAAAAGAGACUGAAGUGCAAAGCGCAGGACGGCGAGGAGCCGCCGAGCAAAUCGGGGAGCCAGAGCGUGCAUGGCCGGAAGUGGCGAAAACACCAUGACAAUCUGCAUGAGCUCAGCAAGCGAGAGGGCCGAAGUGGCCUGGGAUCGGUGAACGACCACAACAGCCUCAGGGUAAAGCGUAAGCGCAGGAGGCCAGCGAAGACAGAGUUCCCUUCUCCUGAGCACCGUGGGGACAGCCACGAGGAAGGUUGCCUUGAGAAGAAGCCCAAGAACAACUUCCGGGACUUCAUCCCGGUGGUGCUGAGCAGCCGGACACGCAGCCAGUCGGGAAGCGUUGCUGGCUCUUCUGCUAGUGUGAUGGGAGAGUGUGAUGUGACCGGUCAGGAUAUUUUACCUUUGCUAGAGGAGGACGAGGAAGAAGAGGAGGAAGAAGAGGAGGAGGAGAUAUCCUUGAAACGUCGCAAGCUGCGAAAAUCCCACCAGGCAUCGCGUUAUCACAGUCACAGGGCCAGGGACAGGUCUGAGAGGAGCAGCUGUCACACGAGGAGGAGCCGGGAGCUACCCUGGAGAGUGGAAGCAUCCAGGCAGCUGUGGGAGCCCAACGAGGAGGAGGAGGAUGACAGCCACAUCAAAAGAAAGAAAAGGAGGCGACAGAAAAGCCGGAGAUACCAGACCGGGGAAUAUUUGACCGAACGGGAGGAAGAACGAGUGGGCUUCCCUCACAGGAGGAGAAAAUCCAAAGCAGGUAUGACAGAUUUUAGGUACCGAAAGCAGAAGGAAUCUGCGCAGGGUAAAGGCACAGAGCUACGGCUGAGGAGCAGGCUUUCCCCAUCCCCCCGAAAAUCUCAAGGACGCCCAGACUUUCGGAACGGCUUCUUCCUGGAGCACUCAGACAACUCCCCCGUCCAGGAGGAGCUGGAGAAACCAUCAGGAAAACGCAAAUGUAAAACCAAACACCUGGCAGGGAUCUGUGAUGAGGGGAAGGUGAAAGGACGCUGGAACCAGCCCAAAACGCACUCCCCGAAGAAGCCCCAGGACUCGUGGCCGCUUUGUAAAUCCCAUCGUGUCAGCCCAGGGAGCUCCCCUGAGCUGCCUGCGGCCCAGCACAUCCCUCCUGAAGCACGGAGGCUGAUCGUGAACAAAAAUGCAGGGGAGACCCUUCUGCAGCGAGCAGCUCGCCUGGGCUACAAGGACGUGGUGCUCUACUGCCUGCAGAAAAAGAGCAGUGAUGUGAACCAUCGUGACAAUGCUGGCUACACAGCUCUGCACGAGGCCUGCGCGCGGGGCUGGAUCGACAUCCUGCACAUCCUGCUGGAGCACGGCGCCAACGUGAACUGCAGCGCCCAGGAUGGCACGAGGCCUGUCCACGAUGCAGUAGCCAAUGACAACCUGGAAACCAUGUGGCUUCUACUCUCCUAUGGUGCUGAUCCCACUCUGGCCACUUAUUCCGGGCAGACAGCAGUGAAGCUUGCCACCAGCGACGUGAUGAAGCGCUUCCUCUGUGAUUACCUUUCGGAUCUCCAGGGGCGCACGGACGGAGAUCCUCGAACAGCGUGGGACUUCUACAGCAGCUCCGUGCUCGAGGGAAAAGACAGCAUUGGAUGCGAUCUUCUGCUCAACCCUCCAGGGAGCUCAGACCAGGAGGAAGAGGAACAGGAACCCGACAACUUCAUGUUUGAGUUCUCAGACAAGCCGCUGCUGCCCAGCUACAACCUGCAAGUGUCCGUCUCUCGGGGGCCUUGCAACUGGUUCCUCUUCUCCGACGUGCUGAAGCGGCUCAAGCUGUCCUCCCGCAUCUUCCAGGCCCGCUUCCCGCACUUCGAGAUCGCCACGCUGCCCAGGGCCGAGUUCCAGCGCCAGGUGGCCCUGAGCCAGGUGCUGGCCCAGGACGAGGUGCAGGAGAGCCCCGAGCCGGCGCAGGGUGCCGCAGAGACAGUGGAGCUGGUGCACUACGAGCCCGAGCUGCUGCAGCUGCUGGGCUCUGCGGUGGAAUACGAGGCGUGGAGCAGCUGACGGGGGCGGAUCGCUCCCUGCAUCGUGAGGCAAUAAUAAGGACCAACGGGAAGCAGCCCUCUUAGAGCCAGCAGCAGGGACAUGAGGCUUCGGCCAGCUCAUCCUCCUCCCCGCGGUGCCUCGGUGCCGGCUGGGGGGAGAGGACGCCGCCUCCAAGGACUUCCCGGGGUUCCUUCGUGACGAGCAGCGGCGGUCGCAGCUCUGGCAGCCCCAUCCAGCAGCAGCAGCGGGAGGCGGACCCUCGCUGUGGGGCGCCGUGGGGCAGCGACCGGCUCGAGCUGCGCUGUGGGGCGGUGGGAGCAGCCGCCCGUCCCCGCCUGACCCCGUGGUGGAACUGCACCUCUCUGUCUGCCCCUCCGCCCCGCCCCCGAUGUCUUCCAUAGUAUUUAUUUAAUUAGUAUUUAAUUUGUUACGUUUCCUUUCGUUUUUUUUUGGUUUUUUUUGGUUUUUUUUUUUUUUGCAGUCUGUAUCACUGUGAUUAUGUGAGCUCCGGGCUAUGGGAUGAGGGCUUUCCUCCGGCCCCUCUCCAGCACUCCCCAGGGCCUGCGCUCCCCUGGAGCACCACCCCGAGCUGCAGAACCGGGCUCUGCGGCUCUGGCACCUCGGCUGAGAGCCUGGGGACGGGCCCAUCUCUUAGCGUUGGAGCCAGCUUCUGCUGAAGGCACUCUCACCCGCUCUGCUCCAUCCUCACCAGGCUCCUUCCUUCAUUUCGGUCACACCGCUGCUCCCCGGCAGCUGUCACCGAGGCAGCCCAUGCUUCCAGCAGCUCGUCCCCGCCGGGCUCUCUCCCCUCUUGCCGGCCCUUCCCCUUCCUGUGUCGUUGGGAGCAGUUCUACCGGAGAGAGCAGGCACAGGGCAGGGCUGCUCCGCUCCCGGUAGAUGGUACAGUUUUAUUGUACAGGUGCUAACAGGACUCUGAGGACGGGACAAUCUGUUUUUGUUCGGGUUUUGUUUUUUUUCCGUCUCUCCUCUGCUCAGCAGUGGGAGCAUUGGGUGUUUUUUGUUCUUUUUUUUUUUUGGUUCGUUUUUUUUCUUUGUGUUGUGUUUCUUCCCAGCCAGGGCAGGUGUACCUUUCCCCUUGGACUCCCAGCUGCUGGCCUCCCCUCUCUGGGGCCCGGCCCCUCCUUUUUUAAGCCGAGGAUUUUUGCCUUUGGGUGUGUAUUCUGGCUGCUCUUUCUGAUUUCUGUUUUAUUAUAAGCAACAGGCUGUGGUGUCAAAAACACUUAUGUACAGAAAAAACCUGCAUCAGG